UUAUGUCAACUGUGUACGUUUUUCCGUGAUGUUUUUGUUAUUUUUUAUCGGUUUGUAAUUUUUACUCUUUUUGUUUCCCGUAAAUUGUUCAGUGUUUCUUAUUUGAUAUUCAAAUCAUAUUCAACCGAUCGUUCUCGGCUUCGCAGGAACAGCAGCAGGGUCUGAUCACCGAUCCGUAGUGCGUGAACGUUUCAACCACAUUCCACUUUCGAAGUAAACUAAAAUGCUAAAAAACGCAGUCGCCCUAGUCACUGGAGGUGCGUCGGGACUUGGCCGCGCCACCGUGGAACGAUUCGCCCGUGCCGGGUAUAACGUGCUGCUGUGCGAUCUGCCCACCUCGAAGGGCAACGACGUCGCCAAGGAGCUGGGCGAGAAGGUCGUGUACGUGCCGGUCGAUGUGCUGUCCGAGAAGGAUGUGAGCGGUGCGCUGGAACUGGCGAAAAGCAAAUUCGGCCGGCUGGAUGUGUCGGUGAACUGUGCCGGUAUAGCGGUAGCCGUCAAGACGUACAACUUCAACAAGAAGGUCGCCCACAAGCUGGAGGAUUUUCAGCGCGUCCUGUUGGUAAACACGGCCGGAACGUUCAACGUGAUCCGGCUGUCGGCGGGAUUGAUGGGUGAAAAUGAACCGAAUGCGGACGGUCAGCGCGGUGUCAUCGUGAACACGGCCUCCGUGGCCGCCUAUGAUGGCCAGAUUGGGCAGGCUGCCUACGCCGCAUCGAAGGCGGCCGUCGUUGGCAUGACGCUACCGAUCGCUCGCGAUCUGAGCACGCAGGGCAUUCGUAUUGUGACCGUGGCGCCGGGUCUGUUCAACACUCCGAUGCUGCAGGCCCUGCCCGAGAAGGUGCGAGCGUUCCUGGCCAAGACGGUACCGUUCCCUCAGCGUCUCGGAGAACCGGCCGAAUAUGCCCAGCUGGUUCAGGCCAUCGUCGAUAAUCCCAUGCUGAACGGGGAGGUUAUCCGUUUGGAUGGAGCGCUGCGUAUGAUGCCUUAAACGACGAUGGACGAAAUGGCUCAGUAACGGAUGCAUUUAUUCAGAGUACCUCACAGAUGAGUCUUCCAACAGGGAGAACGCUAUCGUCAAACGAUAUGCAGCAAAAGUGUAAAAUCCGCUUUGUAUUGCUCUAUUCUGCCAUCUUUUAAUAAACCUUUUAGCCUGUUUCUAAAACAUCA